AUGGCGGAAGACCGCGUAGAUGGAACUAACGCUAGCGAAUUCCAGCAGGCACUUGAAGCUGCGAUAAGUGAUGCGGACCGUAUCGUAAUUCUUGAUUGCGAUCAGCUCUCGUAUAUCAGCAGUGCUGGUCUUCGGGUAAUUCUGCUUACUGCGCGCGCGCUCCAACGACAGAAUUCUAAAUUUGCGGUUUGCUCACUCUCCGAGCAGAUACGCGAGGUCUUCGAGAUUAGUGGUUUCGACAAGAUAAUUCCAGUGCAUGCAACUCGUGCGGAUGCCCUCGGCGCCCUCAGCAGCUGA